AUGGUGAAAACAAAUCUGUUGGUGAUUUUCUUCUUCCUACCAGGUGUUUUGCUGUUGUGUCCUAAAUGGUCAAACCUCUUCAUUUCUACACCAAAGAGGAUGGAGGCACUGGGUGGAUCUUGCUUGUACAUCCCCUGUAACUUCUGGGCGAGAUACAGAGACAACUUUAGCACAGUAAACAGUAAAACAUUUGGAAUCUGGAUUAAAAGUCACCCAGACUUAAAGGCCAGUCCACACAAUGUGAUUUUUAACAGUAGCAGGACAGUCAGCACAUAUCCCAUGAAGAUGGUUGGAAACCUUCAACAGAAACACUGCACCACUCUGUUGUCCCACCUGCUCCUGAAUCACACAGACACGUACUAUUUCAGGAUUGAAAAGUGGCCUUUCAGGGAAACCGCUCUUUGUGAUCCUCUUCAGCUAACAGUUAAAGAUUCUGCCCCGAGUCCCCGUCUAGAGAUUCCUGCUGAUCUCAAGGAGAAGGAGUCUGUCACUAUAACAUGUUCAGCUGUCACUCCCUGUCCACUCUUCCCUCCUAAACUCAUCUGGACUCUCAGACAAGACUCUCACAACAUCAUGGAGAAAAACCCAGAUGGAACCUUUACAACUAAAAUACAGGAGACCAUUGAUCUGACAGACAAACAUGACGGAUACAACAUCAGCUGUUCUGCUACUUAUCCUGUGAAUGAAGGAAGAGACAACAAGACAGCAGAGGAGACAAAGACUCUCAGUGUUUCAUACGCUCCUAAAAACACCUCAGUGUCCAUCAGUCCACCAGGUUUGCUGUCAGCUGGUGUUAAUGUGACCCUGAGCUGCUCCAGCAGAGCCAAGCCUCCUGUCAGCAGCUUCACCUGGUUCAAGAUGAGCUCAGAUGGACCUAUGAACAUAUCUGAAGGAGAGACUUACAGCUUUAAUGUGACAGAGGGAGGAGUUUACUACUGCGUGGCCAAGAACGAUCUUGGUACCCACACAUCAUCAGAGACUCAGAAGAACAAAGGUAUCUAA